AUGGAAGUUCAGGCGAAGAAAGACACCGAUCACUUUGAAAACAUCGAUACAAACGCCAAUACAUCGACGGAAAAGGAAUCCGAAGACAAAAUGACGUCUGUAAAAGAUCGGGACACGAUUUUGCAAAUAAUAGAUCAGCUGCGGAUGCGAAAAGCACGGCCAGAUUUGAAUCGAAUCUGCCACAUGGCUUUACGCAGAUAUGGCACUAAACACUUGGAUACGGAAGCUCAGUUGGAGAAGCUCGUCGAUUUGGGUAUUGUAGUUAAAGUAGAUUAUAAAAGCAAUGUAAGUUACAGGAAUGCUUCUAAAUGGAAAAAGAAGCCUUUUGGAAGAAAACUUCUUAAUUCCAACUGUACGAACAAAAACAUUCGAAUGGCAAUCAAAGCUUUAUUGGAACUGGGGAGCGAAGACUUAGGUGCGUCAGCGAAAGAUAUUGAGAAAUGGCUCACGGCCGAAACGGAGAGUCACCUGACGAAAAAUCAACUUCUCAUUGCGAUUGGGAGGGAAGUUGACAACGGAAGCUUGAAAAAAUUGUCGAAUGGAAACUACGUGUUAAAUAAGGGAGGUGAAAACAAGUCUAAAACCGCAGCACGGAAAAAACAGCAAGUUGCGACAGCGACGUCCAGUAAGCCCGACAAAACGGAGAAAACUGAGACGGCGAAUUCAGUUACAAGUCCGAAAUUUAAACGCGGACGUCCUCCGUCAAAGCGCAAGAAGUUCAGGAAGACGCAUGGACCAGACUUUGAGACUCAAUCUGUCAAGAAAAAAAACAACUCUGAUGAUGAAGAGGCCUCCAUUUGUGACUAUUGUUUGAAGGCUACAAGCAGUGCCUCCUUUUCUGAAGGACUAUUAACAUGCAAGGAGUGCAAAGCGACAGCCCAUCCCUCCUGUAUGGGUUACUGUGAAAGUCUGGCUAGGCGUGCACUGGAAUCGCCAUGGCAAUGCAUCGACUGCAAGACCUGCUUCGUGUGCGAGGAUUCGGGUGACCCUGAAAUGAUGUUAUUUUGUGAUGCCUGUGACAAGGGAUACCACAUGAACUGCCAUAACCCUCCACUGGAGAAGAAACCUUUAGGUAACUGGGUCUGUAGUAAAUGUGUGCUGGAAAAAAACAUGGAAACAUCUUCAGAGGGAGAAGACUUGCAAGAAUCCAAUGUCAUGGAUGACAGUCAAGUCACAGAUGGGGGAGGUGCCUCCUGUUUACCCACACCCUGUGAUUCUCCAGCCUCGGAGGAAGACGAGGAAGAAGAAAAAAUUGAACCUCUUCCAAGGAAACGUAAAACAGCAGAGGGAAGGAAGAAAUCUUUGGAUCUAGAGGGAAAAAAGGGUGAUAAAAAUGAGAAAACAAACACCAGUAUUGAUAAUGGCCAGUAUCCAGAUGCCUCAAAGUGGAAAGUGGAAGAUGUUGUGCACUUUUUUGUGAAUGUAGGAUUUCGGGAGCAGGCAGAGGCUCUUAAAGAACAGGAGAUUGAUGGACAGUCCCUACUGUUGAUGAAGAGGAGCGAUGUACUAACAGGCUUGUCAAUCAAAUUAGGUCCUGCCCUCAAGAUGUACCAACAUGUGAUGAAGCUACAGACCUCUGGUUUUGAUUUGGAGGACAGUUGACCACGAUCCUCUGAAUAGUUAAAAUUUUUAUCUUUUCUUUUUAUAAUUGAUAUGUGAUUUGUUCCAUUUUAAAAGCCAUAGCUAUGACCGAUGUUCCUGUAGCAUGUUUUUACCGGUGAUAAGUUCAUUUUAUGUUAAUAACCUGACAUGCUCAAAUAAAUUUUAUGGUUAAUGGUCAUAUAUGUUAUUUAAUAUAAGAACUUUCUGUAGAAUCAUUGUCAUUCAGAAACCAAAUAUUGGUGUUUUGCUCUUUUCUGAUAAUCUGGCUUGUCAAAGUAGAAAUAUACUAGAAGUAUACUUAUCAAUUGUGGAAUUUUGUUUACUUGGCAAGAUAUGGACAGAAAUUACCAUGUUUUCUAUAGUUAUAAAUUACAAGUAUUUAUUUUCCAAAGAUAAGCUUAUAAAUAAACACUGCAAGUUGGGAUACUAUGGAAUAAACCCAUAAUGUAAGAAGUUUUAUUUACAUAGCUGUAUGUAUCUUACCAGUAUUAGUUAUCAUAUGGAUUGAUGAAAUCAUGAUAAAAACAAUAAAUUAAUAUGGUUUUAUAAUAUUUGUAGCUCUUUCAUUUGUGACAGUAAGAACUUAAUCUAAUAUAGUUGUGCUUGCUUAAGUGUUUUGUCAAGAAUUUCCUAUUUGUUUUUCAAAGUAGUGAGGUACUGUGCUAUCAAGAAAACUGAAUGUUUUAUAAUUGAUGAUGGAAUAUACAGUGUAGUGUUCUCUUGUUUCCUGUGUAACUCUGUUGUCAUCAUGCAGUGAUUUUACUAGGUAAUAUAUAUGUCGUUAAGCCAUCUUUUAAUUAGGUAAUUAAUAUGCAAUAAGGUAUAUCCUCAUGAUGAAUACAAUGUAUGACACCUGUUCCAUGCUCUAAUCAGAUGAAUCUAACAUGAUUAUCCAUACUUUUCCAUUCCUUGUAGUUAUCUAUACUCAACAAUAGCCAGAUUUUCCAUUCAGGUGUCGUGCUAUUCAGUCAUAUGAUAGUUAUAUAAAAUUUGUGUAAAACGGAUUUGCCUCAAUGGAGACAGUCUAAAACAUUUGUGUGAGGCACAGGCGUGUCAUAGUGUCUAAUGAUAUAAAAGCCAGUAUUUUGUAUUGGUAAUUAAGGUAGAGUAAUACUUGUCAACUGUAUGCAGCUCUUGGUAUAUGCCAAGUAUAUAUGUAUAUUUCCUCCUGUAUACCGGCGUUCAUUAGUAAUUAUUGUGUUAAGACACUUUAUCACACCACUUUCCCUUGCAUAUAGGCCUUCAUACAAAGUUACUUUCCUGUUAAGGUGGAGUGUCCCAGCACUUUUCUAUUGUAUACAGGCCUUCAUAAGUUAUUGUCCUGUUAAGGUGGAGUGUCCCACCACUUUUCUACUGUAUACAGGCCUUCAUAAGUUAUUUUCCUGUUAAGGUAGAGUGUCCCAGCACUUUUCUAUUGUAUACAGGCCUUCAUAAGUUAUUGUCCUGUUAAGGUAGAGUGUCCCAGCACUUUUCUACUGUAUACAGGCCUUCAUAAGUUAUUUUCCUGUUAAGGUAGAGUGUCCCAGCACUUUUCUAUUGUAUACAGGCCUUCAUAAGUUAUUUUCCUGUUAAGGUAGAGUGUCCCACCACUUUUCUACUGUAUACAGAGAAAAUUAUGACCACCAUAGACAUCAUGAAGGGUAGCAUUAGCAUAACUGAUAAAUUCCCUGCUUUCUUAUCUUCAAAUGUUUGGGUCAAAUCCUUGUGAGCGAGUUCUACUGGUUUUGUGUAAAGGAAUCAGUGUGGAUAUAUUUCUUUUGUAUACAAUCAUCUGUUUUCAAAACAAAAAGAUCUUCGACCUUAGAAAUAUGUUUCUGCUAAUAUCAGCUAGUGUCAUUAUCAUUAAAUUGAAAGAAAAAACUCUUUGAAGUAUUGUUUUCCAGAAGAAUUGAAGCAAUGAUGUCUGUAUAGCAGAAAUAAAUCAUUGGGUGUGAACAUAUCCUUUUUAAUAUGAACCCCACCUGUUUGGUAGUAGUGUGUGUAACAUAGAACUUCUCAACAUAUUACUUUAUAAGUUCCUUGUUAACAUUUCAUGAACAUUGUACCAAAUCGAAAUUACAUCAGGAUACUAUUUGCUAGUUCCGCCAAUGUUGGAGAAUAUAAUUAAGACUUUUAAUUUGUUUAAUAUACAUACAUUAGGUAGAAUCAAUGGAUGCAUUUGGUAGUGUUGUUUGUUGCACAUUUCACAAAACUUCAUAACUUAAAUAUUUAUGAAAAUGUUACGCAAAAUUUGUACAUUUCGCAAGUCCUUUUUAAAAAGGUGUUUUGUACCUUGAGACCAAAUCAUUUUUCAUAAUCGUAAAUCAAAUUUUCUGUAAAAUUCCAAUUGGGUAUUGUUUAUCAUGCAGUAAACAAACGGUAACAACACAUUUUUUGUGUCACCUGAAAAAAACAGACAACACAGAGGUAUAAGGCAGAGUAGGUCUCUUAUAAAAGUUUGUAUUUGUGUACAUCAUUAUCUGAUUUCAUACAAUAUUAUUUUGAUUUUGUAAGUUAAGAUGGUGAAUUUGACAUAGUUAGGGAUGGUUGUAAGUUUUAAAGAUUUGUGAAAGGCUUAGUAUUUCGUAAAUUUGACUUUAUUUAAUAUGCAAAAGUUACGCAAGUUACGCAAAUUUGUAAGUUAGGAAGCUUUGUGAAACCCAGGUUGUAGUUAUGUUGAAUUUGGUGCAUUAAGAUGAUGUUAUUUUAAAGAUGUUAUAAUAUAGAAAUGACAUUUAUGUAGGCAUGUUAAGGGACUUGUUUUGUUAAUCAUAAGGCAGAAUCUGAAUGGCCAUUGUACUUGAUUUAUGUGAGCAGGAUUAUUUGAAUUACCUCCCCUUGUUUGAAGGGUUGUAUGGAAAUUAUUCAGUAAAACUAUGCUGUGUAGGUCUUUGACAUGUUAACAUAUUUUUGUUGUAUGUUAAUACUUUAGUAUUCGAUGUAUAUUUGCUCAUUAUAGUUUUAUAUAUUUUUAACUGUAAAGUAAGUUUGAGAGGAAAGUGCAUAGUUGCUGUGCAAUGGUAUUGUGUGGGUGUGGUAGACUUAGUAAGACGCUAUCUACUGGGGUUGUAUAACAAUUUACAGUAUUCAUGGUUUAUUUAGAGAUUGUGGUAAAAGGCGAUGUCAGAUGGUAUAUCUGAAUGCCUCCCAACUUCCACGCCUUCCAUAUCUGAUGUUUCUCUGUCAAAAUCCUCUACAAAAAUGUAGUUUUUUUUAAUCAUUCAUUUGGGAUUUAAGCUCAUUAUUACUCCCGAAAAAAUCUCUGAAAAGCUUUACUCUCAUGUUUAUUGGGUUUUAAACCAAUUCUUCAAUGACCACAGGCUUUUAAGGGUGUCGGCACUCAUCAGAUAGAAAAACUAGUAACUGUUUAUCUCCCUUACAAAUUGGUCAUCAGGACGGAUGUUUUUGUUAUCUAAAGUCCAUCAGACUAUUGGUGUUACUUUGUAGUUAGGAGUUUUAUUGUCCUCAAUAUACGUGUUCAUUGAAUGUGUGUCAGUUUCGAAAGAUUUGUUAACACACCCACAGACAGUCAUUACCUGAUGAUAAUGAAUGAAAAGUUGAGCAUGUAAUUUAAGAGUGAUUUUACGUAAACCAUAGUAGAAAGCUUUCAGAUUGGCCAUUUCUGACCAAAGGGUAUACAAAAUUCCCCACUAAUUUUCAUGCAUAUAUACCUUAUGGACCAUUUGUUAGUAAUGUGUCAAUUCUGCUAUCCUGAUUGAGCAAAUAUAAAAAAUAUAAGGGCUGAUUUCUGUUUACAUUCCAUUCUGUAACGUUGUUCUACUACUCUUGGCCUUGUGUGUCAGUAAUUUGUUUUUGCUGUCUUGACAACCAUCAGCAAUUCAAAACAAAAAUAAUUUGAUGGGAUGGCAUUUGUGCUUGUUUGAUUUUGAACUGUUCAACAGAUAAAGCUUGAACUCUUAUAGAAGAAUGCCUUCCAUUGCACUCCUGUGCUUAAGUGUGUGUGAUUUGACAGUAUAAUGAAGUCUGUAUGUUGUUUUUAAAUGAUGUAGCACUUCGAAGUCUGUAACUCAUUCUGCAAUCAGAAUGCUGUGAGAGACAAGUUCUGGAUGACGACAUAAUUUGGAAGAAAAAUGUAAAAUAAUGACAACUCCAAGUUUUGUAGUGCUACCAAACUUUCUGAAAGAUUAUCUCGCUGAAAAAAAUCUGCCAUAUAUAUUUAGCAUGUAAAUGAAUUCGGACUUAUGUUUCAUUAUCGUUGAUUAGCGUUGAUACUCUUCCAAAAAAAAACUGUUCUGAGUGACUUGUUAGUAAUAUAGUAGGCUAUGAUUAUUUUCCUGGAUGAAAGAACGGUGUAAAAGGAGGCAAAGAAAUGUCAUAAGAUAUAUGUGGAUGUUUAGAAAAUGUACGACAACAAAAUUGGAACAAAAUGUGUUUAAGUUAUAAGCUUUGCAAAUUGUAGAAAAGGGAUUAGACACUAUAAAACGUAUAACUCCCACAGAGCUGUGUGAUUAUUGAAGAAUAAAUACAAGAUAAAAACACUUGAAAUACAUGAAUUCAACAUGUAUAUGCAUCAUAUAAAUUCUGAUAUUGAUUCAAACACUUGUACCUAAUUGUGUACACACCCCAC